AUGGUCAAACGCGCUGCUGAGAAAGAGCUGACUGAUAGAAAUUGGCAAGAACGAGAGGAUGGUGAAGUGCUUGAGGAGGGCCCCAUGACUGUAGCGGCCCCUCAGGUCAUCAAGAGACGUCAGAUCAAGCCUCUUCCCAAAUCCAAGGCUGCUGCUUCUACACCCACGAUCUCUCCUGCGCCUUCAGCUUCAGCCUUCGGUUCUAGCGCCACUCGUAAUCCAUUCGCAACCUUGAACCUCCCCACGUCUUCGAGUCCAUUCAGUUUCGAUAGCAUUACUCCAGCUAACAAGGCUCCAAGUCUAUUCGGCAAUACUCCUACUACUACUACCACCAGCUUGUUUGGUAGUUCUUCGACCUCGUCUACGUCCUUAUUUGGAGCAACACAUGUUUGUAAUAAUUUCACUACCGAGUCUUCAAGCACCGGAACCACUCCAAGCAGCUUAUUCAAUAAUUCCCACACCUCCAUCUUCGGAUCAAAGCCCGAUACUCAGAUCUUAACUUCAAGCGCCAAGCCAUCAACUCAGGCGCUCACCACCUACUACACCGCAUUGCGCGGUCUUAAUUUAUCGGCAGUCGCUGCCCUAGAGCGAGUAAACAACGCUGAUGCAUUUGAGAAUCUCGAUCAGGCUCUCAAACGACUUAUAAUUGCUUACAACAAGCAAAGAGAUAUCAUUGUCAAAGACUUCGAAGCCCAGGGUGGCAGUCCAGCUGAAACAAAUAGCACCAAGAAUACGAAGAUCACAAAUGAACCCAGUGAUAAGGAUUCGUCAAGCUCGGUCUGCUCCGUUUCAAGUCCGUUUACUGAUACGUCUCCACCUCAAAAACAAAACAAUGUAGCCCCAGCACGUGAAUCUGGUCUGAAAAAGAAUGAAGCUGGCACUGGAGCUACUGCGAGUCAUAAGGCGGCCUCAAGACCAGGUGCAUUUUCGACGGCUGCACCAGCUCGCCCCUCCCGUCUUCGCUACGAAAUAGAACAAGACAUAUCUAAACCGCAAUCAUCUGUCAACAAAGAAGUCGCGACUGAACCUAAACAAACAUUUACCCCCUCUUUUGCAACAACCUCUGCGGUUCCGUCCAGUUCACUUUUCAGCUUCAAACCCCAAGGCGAUGUUGGAUCUCUAACUACCCCCAAGAGUGAUUCCACUGUUACCACAACAACAUCUUUUUCUACAACCUCGGUGUUCCCCACUUCCAGCACUUCAUUUUCCGCAUUUGGUGGCAAAUCUACCGUGUCAAAUCCCUCGACUAGCCAGACCUUUCUCUUUGGCUCCACGCCUCCCAAUCCUCUAACUGGAAGUGCCACACCUGCGAAACCAUCCUUUGAAUUCGGGUGUGGUAUGUCGGGAAGCCCGGGUAGCAAUCCUGUCGGUUUCGGAGGGUUUGGUUCUGUUAAGCUCUCACAACUCACUCCACCCAAAUCAACUGGUUAUAAUCCGGUUGGCUUAUCAUUUGGAGCAACAGUCAGUCCGCCAGUAUUGACCACAAAAGACGAAUCACCCAAGCCCGUUGCUGCUGUAUCCGUGGCAUCCAAUGACUCCUUACCAGCUUCAAAAGCAUUCGAUGGAGUGACAACAGAACAUGUAGGAUCAACUGAAGGUAGUUCUUUCGCUGAUCCAGCAACUGAUACGAAUGAAGAAGCAGAAGAUACUUUGUUAGAGACCUCAGGUCGAGUCUAUGGUUUCAUCAAUAAGCGUCAAGAGGAUGGCAGUAUGAAGAAGCAAUGGGUAGGUUUUGCAAUGUCCACCAUUAAAAUUAAUAAACAUCGUGAAACUUCGAAGACCCGUAUACUGGCUCGUAGUCAGACUAAUACUAAGAUUAUUGUGAACUUUAAUAUACAUAAAGAAUUAAAACCUAUAUUUACUGAAACGGCAAUCUCAUUUGUAGGAUUCGAAGGUUCUAAACCGCAAUCUUAUAUGAUUAGAUUAGGAACUGAAGAGAUGGCAAAAGAAUUAAACAACAAGAUCAUAGAGGUACUAGAAGGGCUGUAA